AGAAGAGGGAACAGGCGAUCGUAGGAUCCAGCAAAUCUUGCAAUGUUGUCAGCGCGGCAACGAGCUGCUCCCACGCCUGAGGAGCAGUAUCAGCAAGUCAGCACUGGCAGGCAGGUGCCGGAGGCAGACGAGAGCAACAUGGGGCCAGCCUGUCCACAGAAGCCGGGAUCGGUCAAGCACCUCCGCCUCAUAUUGCUGAUACUCGUCCCGUGUGUCUGCGCUUUCAUCUGCGUGCUGGUAAUCCUCUUGGCAUUUGUAGGUGUAAUUGGGAACGGAUUUUUUGAUCAAAGGAAGAAUGAUGUCCUUUCAACCAAUGAUGCAUUCAUCACUCCUUACACAGAUCUUGGAAACAGUUCAGGAUCGCCACAACAAAUGGACUGGGGGACACUUUCUCCUUUAGUAGUAAAUGUCUCAACUACUGUGGGCCUAAACAGUGAAGGCGAGUUGACUCAUUUGAAUAAAGAACAGUUGAGCACCAAGAACACACAGUUGGACAGUUUCUUGGCCUUUACACAAAGUACACCACUCGGGUUUGAUGACAGCAGCAACGACUCAUUUCUGCAUGCAGAAGGCACAAGUUCAGUUGCUCAGACGACAAGUGAAACAUCUUAUUCUUCUGAGCCACUUACCAAUGUCUCAGUUCUCAAUACUUCGUUCCCCAUCCUCAAACCCACCAGCAUCACAACAGAUAUUGACGCAACAUAUGAAGCUUCAUAUUUUAACAUCAGCUUUGGUGCCUGUAACAAUGCAAGCCACAGUCUAUGUGAAAUGCUGCCCUACAAACAGACCACUUCAGUGUCCUAUCUCUCACAUUUCAACAUCACAGACGUGGAAAUACUUAUCCGUUUCUUCAAUCAGCUUAAACAGAUGCGUUGUUAUCAGCACAUCAUGCACUUUGGGUGCAGCAUUGCCUUUCCAGAAUGUAUCGACAGCAUUGAGAGAACGUUAAUACUACCGUGCAUGUCAUUCUGUGAAUUGGCGAGAGAAGGUUGUGAACCACUGUUGCAACUGGUGGACUCUGGCUGGCCGGAGUUCAUGAAGUGCUCCAGGUUUGUCAAUGACACAGGAAUGGAAAACACCAGCAGGAUAUGCAUAACGCCACAACAAAUGGAAGUAAUAGUAUCUUGCAAAGAGGUGGACAGCUUCUUGUGUGGUAGUGCCUUCUGCAUCCAAAGGAAGCUGGUGUGCAAUGGUUACAAUGACUGCGAUGACUGGAGCGAUGAAGCAAACUGCACUUGUAGUGAGGGGCAGUUUCAUUGUGGCACUGGCAAAUGCAUCCACUAUAACAGCACAUGUGAUGGUUACAAUGACUGUGGGGAUCUGAGCGAUGAAAUGAACUGUGAGUGCAACCCAGAGCUCCAUUUCAGAUGCGGGGAUGGUAGGUGUAUCACGAAGACCUGGGUUUGUGAUGGAGAUCAUGACUGCACGGACAUGUCUGAUGAGGCAAACUGUUCUUGCAAGAGUCAGGGACUGAUGGAAUGCAAUAAUACCCGAUGUAUUCCAAGCAUUUACCAGUGUGAUGGUGAAAAUGACUGUGAAGACUGGAGUGAUGAGCUGAACUGUUCAAAAUCUCAUGAUCAGAGAUCAUGUAAGGAAGGGGAUUUACCGUGUGCUCAAUCAUCUUGUGUUGAUGAAUGCAAUGGAAACUCGAGCUGUGCACCUCACAACACUGGAAUGGACUGCAGUAAAUGUGAGCCUAUAACUCUUGAGCUCUGUAUGAAUCAGCCAUACAACACCACCAUUUAUCCUAACUAUCUGGGGCACCAAAAUCAGAAGGCAGCAUCAAUAAGCUGGGAGGUUUUUUUCUUUCCGAGCUUUGUUCAGACUGGCUGUUACAAGUACCUCAUGUUCUUUGCUUGUACUAUCCUUGUGCCAAAGUGUGACCAAGCAACUAAUCAACGUGUGCCCCCUUGCAGAUCACUGUGUGAAGACUCUAAGGAGCACUGUGAGAUAUUGCUGGACAUAAUUGGACAAUUGUGGCCAGAGGACAUGGAAUGCAGCCAGUUCCCAAAGGAAAACUCUGACAACCAGACAUGCCUACUGCCUGAUGAGAAUGUGGAAGAAUGCUCCCCGAGUCAUUUCAAGUGCAAUUCAGGCGGAUGUCUCUUGAUAUCAAAGAGGUGUGAUGGUAAACCAGACUGUGCUGAUUCUAGUGAUGAAGAACAAUGCGGUUGUAGUGAGAGAGACCUUUGGGAGUGCCCUUCUGACAAGACCUGUAUCAAGCACACAAUGAUCUGUGAUGGUUUCCAGGACUGCGCUGACAGAGCAGAUGAAAAGAAUUGCUCUUCCUGUGCAGAGCAUGAGGUGGUCUGCAGAAAUCAUGACUGUGUGUCCCGUCGUGCCUGGUGUGACGGGAGGACAGAUUGUCCUGAUGGCUCUGAUGAGUGGAACUGUGUGUCGCUGUCAAAUGGCAUGGAUUCCUUGUCUCCAGUGAUCGUACACAGGUCGACAUCUGACUAUCACGUUUGUGCUGAUGAUUGGCAGGAAGAGCUGAGCCAGCUGGCUUGCAGGCAGAUGGGUUUAGGAGGUCACACAGUGACUCACACUGUGUCAGAACGUGACCAUGUGCAACGGAGAAAGUGGUUACGCUUAAGCCCUGAAUGGCGGAAUGAAAACAUUUCCACUGUGCAAGCUCUAUUGCUGAAAGGGCAGAUUUGUCGAAGUAAAAGCAAGAUCUCACUCCACUGCACCAAAGAAGACUGCGGUCAGCGGCCAGCAAUUCGACUCAAUAAAAGAGUUAUCGGAGGCAGAACAAGUCGUCCAGGCCGCUGGCCCUGGCAGUGCUCCAUGCAGAGUGAGGCCGGUGGGCAUACCUGUGGAUGCGCACUGAUUAGACGGAAAUGGGUUUUGACAACAGCACAUUGCUUUGAAGUGCGAGAAAAUGCAGCUGCCUGGAGUGUCGUGUUCGGAAUUAACAAUCUGGACCAUCCGUCUGAAUCUACACAGAUCCGAAAAGUGAAACGGAUUAUCUUGCAUCCACGCUAUAAAAAUAUAUUUAAUGAUUAUGACAUCAGUGUGGUGGAGCUGCAUGAAGAUGUGAUUGAGACCAGUUAUGUCCGACCUGUUUGCCUACCUGCAAAGGACCAAGUGGCGGAACCAGAUACCUAUUGCUUCAUCUCAGGAUGGGGGAGCACUGGUAGCAAAGUUCCAUUCAAGCUUCAGGAAGGAGAAGUGCGCAUUCUUCCCCUUGAUCGUUGUCAGUCAUUUUUUAAGACAAAAAUAAUCACUUCUCGCAUGUUAUGUGCAGGCCAUGAACCUGGAACAGUGGACGCUUGUAUGGGCGACAGUGGAGGGCCUCUGGUUUGUGAACAGCCUGGAAACAGAUGGACUUUAUUUGGUUUGACCUCUUGGGGAUCAGUGUGCUUCGCAACAUUCCUUGGUCCUGGCAUAUACAGCAAUGUAACCCACUUUGUUGAAUGGAUUGAAAGGCAGAUUUAUAUUCACACAUUUCUAUAAAUGAAUCAUUUAAAGGCCAACACUGCAGCAUUCAAGAUAAGAUGUUAAACAGCAGAAGGUAUAAUUGUACAAGCUGACAUACAGUGCCCUCCAUAAUGUUUGGGACAAAGACCCAUCAUUUAU